AUGUGUGAAAUUCAUUAUCCUGAAUUCAUUCCUAUUGAAUCAAGAAGAUUUGUUAAACCAUUUAUUGAUGCACCUGUUAUUCCAGCAGACCAAUUGAUGUCAAUUGCUACAGAAUAUAAUUUGAAAUUAAAAAAUGUUUCUGUUCCAUUAACUAUUGAAAUGCAAACUUUAAUCAGUGAACGUAAAUUGAAUGCAUAUAAGAAAACAAAUCUUGCUAAGACAUCUGGAUUACCAGGAAUUAAAAAAACUGAAGAUGGCUUUGGAAUGGAAGAUAUUAUGGCAUGGGGUGUUCGUUAUUUGCCAUUAUUUUGCAGAAUUGAUUUAUUACAUAUUGUUACUGAAUUCGAUUCAACUGAUACUUAUUUCACACUUGCUAUGUUUAAAGGUCUUGUGAAAUUAGGUACUGUUGUUCUUAAAUUUAAUGAUGGUGAUGCUUUGGAAAAAACUGCUAGGAUUUCCACUUUGAUUCCACCAACUUUGACAUGUUUUAGAUUCACUGAUCCAAGAGUCAUACCAGGACAUUUCUAUACAAGAUUCACCAAUUUAAAAGAAUUACAAGUUGAAAAUAUGCUCACUUCUCAAAUUGAAUAUUUACCAAAUUCACUUGAAAUGUUAAUACUUGAUAAUUUGGUUGAUGAUGAAGAUCUUAAAAAAGUAGUUGUUCCUAAAAACUUGAAAGUUUUCAAAUCAGGUGUUGAACGUGCAAAGAAGAAUUAUUUAAAAUUAAUUAAUGCAAUGAAAAAUUUAGAAGUUUUAAAACUUGUUGGUGGACACUUUACCAAAGUUGAUGAUCUUAAAUUAUCUGAAUCCAAAAUUACCAAAUUGAGUUUUGUCAAAUGUGGAUCUGUUAUGGAUUAUUCAAAUAUUUUAAAAUUCACUAAAUUAAGAAAAUUACGAAUUACUGAUGGUAGAUUCCCAGAAGAAUUAUUAAAAGAUGAAUCAUCACUUCCAAGUUUAAGAAUAUUCAGAUUUACAACUAGUUGGCAUACUUUCUGGAGAAACAAUUUGAAUGAAUUCAAAUUCCCAAAGAAUUUAACUAGAUUAGAUUUACAAGGUGAAUUUGUAAUUGAUAAAUGGGAAGCUCCACAAAAAUUACGUAAAUUACAAUUAUUCAAUUGUAAUUUUGUUGAUAUUAAAAAUUGUAAAUUACCUCCAAAUUUGGUUUAUUUUCAAAUUGGUUGUACUAAACUUACAAAUCUUGAUAAUGUUCAAUUUCCAACUGGAUUAAUUGUAUUUAUUUUAACGUUGAAUGAUGAAUUGGAAUCUAUGGCUAAUACGAACUUGCCUAAAUUAACUCAAUUUAAAGAUGUUGCUGUUCGUUAUAAUGGAAGUUCUAAUGCUGUUGAAAAGAAAACUAAAGCUUUGCUUAAAACAGUUGGUGUUCCUAAUGUUCAAGUCCAACCUGUGUAG